CUAAAAAGAGUCGCGUUCUAGGUGCAAAAUGGCGCCUGAGGGAAGAGAAUGAGCUUUAGUAAAAGUUUAGAUUUACAAAGAGGCAGUCCAGUCGACAAGAGAACGCUGGAGAAAACAGCCGUCUCAUUGGAAGGUGCACAUCUUCACACUUUCACAUGUGGGACUGCAUACACCAAAAUGAUCUGGAUCACAUUAUUUCUGCAUCUUCUUGCAUCAUCAGCUGUGAAAACAAGCAGUGCUCAUCGCAAUGAUCCUGCUAUAUUGACUGGGGAAUCUGAGGAUGCCUCUCUUCAAGGCCAAAAAGAGCAUUAUCACAGAGACGCAGACCAAGACAAAUGCACUAUGCCAUGUGAAAUGACUGCAAAGCUAAUGCGUGAUGAGAAACAUUCCUUGUGCAUUAACCUCCAGCAUACCAUAUUGUCAUAUACAAGAAACACUAGGAAGUUGAUCAGAGAUCUCAUUGAUGAACAGCAGAAAGCCUCAGAAUUUCUCUUGAGUCAGAUAAUGGAGCUUAUGGCCAAAGUAAACACACUCAGUUCGGAUGUGCAGCGAAGCAACAGUGACAUCUUUUCCGUGAAGCCCACGGAGUCCCACGGGAAAGACUGUAGUGACAUCCAAGAGACGCUAGGUGCCGUUUCUCCAAAAAUCCCUAGUGGAAUUUAUAUAAUUCAGCCAGAAAACACAGAUGUUUCCUUUGAGGUGUUCUGUGAGAUGGAUUACAUGGAAGGCGGAUGGACAGUAAUACAGAGAAGGACGGAUGGUCUCACUGACUUCAAACGAAUGUGGUCACAGUACUUGGAUGGAUUUGGACACUUGCCAGGUGAACACUGGUUGGGUUUGAGAAAAAUCUUCAAUAUUGUCAAUCAGAGAAACACACGCUUCCAGCUGCAUGUGUCUCUGGUCUCGCAAGAUGAUACCACGGCCUAUGCUUCAUACGACAAUUUCUGGCUUGAAGACGAAACCAAAUUCUUUGCAAUUCACCUUGGCAGAUAUGCUGGUAGUGCAGGUGAUGCUUUUCGAGGGUAUGACCAAGAGCAGAAUCAAGACACGGCCCCUUUCAGUACGUUUGACGUUGACAAUGACGGUUGCUCUCCAUUCUGCACUUUUGCUAAUAAAGCUGUUGAGAGCUGCAGUGUGAACCAGAACAACACAGGAUGGUGGUUUAACCAGUGUGGCAAAGCUAAUUUGAAUGGCUCACCAUUGGACCAAGAUUUCUCCACCCAGUCACAUAUCCAUUGGGACACCUGGACCAAAAAUGGCACGCUUGUCAAAAUCAAAUCAGUGACUAUGAAGAUCAGGAGAGUUGAGAUCCCGAAUUUAAAAUAAAUCGCUGAAGCUUCUGAAGCUUUUGCAUUAAAGUGGAAUAACUUAUCAUUUGGAGACACUAAAAACUUGCACUUAUGCCUGUGAGCUUUUCUAAAAAAGCAAUUUGUUGGAAUGAACCUUUUGGCAUUGUGAUUUAGUCUACCAUGCUUUUUAAUCCUGGGUCACAGCCCAAAAAAAAUCGUAUUAAUAUUUUCAUUGUUAUGAAUAAAUGGAAUUGUGUCAUUACUAAAA